AUGGUAGAACAUUCAAUAUUUGACACCGAGAUCACGGUCCUCUACGAGCCCGAGAAUGCUAAUUCGAUUGUUGAUAUCGUCUUUGUCCAUGGUCUGCAGGGCCAUCCAUACAAGACCUGGGCUUGCAAGAAGGAUGGAAAGGCUCCUGGGCUAAGCCUGAAGCUGUCCGAUACUCGGCCUAGCAAGCAACGCUCCAAGAAAAUUCUUCGACGCCUCAUAUCGCGGCAUCCAAAGACGUCCAUAGGUACAUCGCAAAGUGGAACCACCUUUGGGAAUGUUGCUUUCGGCGAAGACCAACGACCAGUAGAAAGAGAUAACACCUCUCCUCCGUCAUUUGAUUUCUGGCCUGCAGACUUACUUCCUACCGAUUGUCCUAGAGCUCGAAUCUUGACCUGGGGGUAUGAUAGCAAGAUUACUAAGUAUAUGACUGCUGCUGUGAACCAGAAUGGUAUUUUUUCGCACAGCAAAGAUCUCCUUUUUGCCUUGCAGCGAAAUAGGGACCUCAAUCGCCCACUUGUAUUCGUUGCACACUCAUUAGGAGGUAUUAUAGUUAAGGAAAUGCUGGCGCGCUCAUACAUGUCUGCAGAAAACGAGCUCCUGAAUAUCGUUGAGUCAACGACUGCAGUUGUAUUCCUGGGAACGCCACAUCGCGGUAGCAAGGACUUGGCAAGCGUAGGAGAAAUGGCUCGUAAGGUAGCUAGCGCCGUUAUGAUGGACACAAACUCUGUCAUGCUAGAUGCUCUUGGUUUGAAGAACUCUGAGCUGGAGCGCUGCCAGGAGUCAUUCUCUAGGCUGUGGUUAUCACACAAAUUUCAAGUGAAAACCUUUCAGGAAGGCCUUCCUAUGACUAGAGUCAAAAUUGGCUUGCUAAACGAAAAGAUCGUUCCGGACUUCUCUUCUCUACUCGGUGACUCACGGGAACGAGCCGAAACGCUUGACGCAGACCACAUAGACAUGUGCCGCUUUAGCAACGCCAGCGACCCAAACUACCGCAAAGUUUCUGGAGAACUAAAGAUUAUCUGUCGUUCACUUGAAGGAAAUAAUUAUCAGGCUAAAUCAGUUAGUCGGAGGAGUGAGAAUUAUAGAUCUGAGAAUAGCAAAAGGGAGUUCACACCUAUCGAAAAAGCCUGCCUCCAGUCUCUUUUCUUUCCAGGAAUUGAAACCCGUCAACAAACAAUUGAUAAACCUCUGGAGGAAACAUGCUUGUGGUUACUACAAGCCCCAACAUACAGAGCAUGGCGCGCUCGUGAAAAUUUGGAAAAUCAUCACGGCCUUCUAUGGAUCAAAGGAAAACCGGGCUCCGGCAAAUCAACACUGAUGAGAGAAGCCUUUCGAUAUGCAGAACAACACAAGGCAGAGGAAAAAUUCUUCACGGCAUCCUUCUUCUUCAAUGCAUGCGGGGGAGAGUUAGAACGAAGUCCGCUUGGUCUCCUUCGAUCUUUAUUGUACCAGCUAUUGCCCCAAUCCCCGGACGUCUUUCGAAAGUUCUUGGUCCUCUAUCGGCGUAUGAACAAGGAUCAAAGCAAAUGUGUUCUAUGGCACGUUGGGGCGCUCAAGUCCUUCUUUCAGUCAGUUUUCACGCAGCCUGGAGUGCGACGAACUAUAAUUUUCAUUGACGCACUCGAUGAAUGCACGGGGGAGGGCAUGAGAGAACUUGCCUACUUUUUCCGUAACGUAACGACAUCUGCUCAUAAAGAUGGAGUGGAACUCGAUAUUUGCCUAUCAAGUAGACAAUACCCGGCCGUCACGAUCCGCCUCUGUCCUGAAAUCAUCGUGGAGGAUUUCAACGAACAAGAUAUGAUACGCUAUGUGGAACAGAGAUUCGCUACUAGUGGUAUCAGCAGUGACAGUCAAUGGGCUCAUUUGGUUCACGAGAUACUUGAGAGGUCUUCUGGAGUGUUUCUCUGGCUUGUACUGGUAGUGGACAUUCUGCUCAAAGAUCGAGAUAACGGAAAAAACAUUAAGCACCUAGAAAAUCGCAUUCGCCAGGUACCACAGGCGCUGGAAGAAUUAUUCGCUCAAAUUCUGGAGGGGAUAAGCUCACAAGAAUCGUACACAACGACCCGGUUCUUCCAGUGGGCUCUCCUUGCUAGAAGGACCCUGCGACUCCGUGAGUGGCGCCACAUUCUCGCAUUUACCAAGGACACAGCCCCUAGUUCAUUGAGCGAGUGGCGAGGAUCCGAAGACUAUACUGAGAAUGACCAACAGCUCGAGUGGCAGAUUCGAAGCAUAUCAAGGGGUCUCGUUGAGGUAAAGACCCAACAAAAUCAAAGUCUGCCAGCCCACGCCCAUGAUGAAUGGGAUUCUAUUUGGGCGGGUGCUGGAUCCCAAGAUGCGGAUCAUGGUGAGAACAGAGUGGUACAGUUCAUACACGAGUCCGUUCGUGAAUUUUUCCUUUACCGUAAUGGCUUCUCAUUUCUGGAUGCAAAUAUUGGACCUCAUUUUAUAGGGGAAGGGCACCUGUCCAUCCUGAACACUUGCCUUGACUACAUUAGUAUUGAUGAACUCGAUGCAUUAGUUCAAGCGAGAAUGAAGGCAGAGUCCAAGGGAUCGGCUUCCCCUCCACUUUCAUCUUACGUCGUGGAAUCGCGACCACACUCGGAGAAGAAUCGUGGAGUACGCGAAAAGGCUUUGAGUGUAAUGAGUUUUGGUACUUCAGCAUCAGAUUACGUUCCAUCCGUUCAUUCAAAUCAUUCCGCAAGAUCAGCCCUACGAGCGGCAGCAGCAGCAGCAUCAAUUACAAUAACAACACCUGGAAUCUCUACAGAAACCCAUGAUAGUAUUGAGGAGGAUACCUCAUUUGCAUUACGAGAGUUUUUGAAUGACCCAAUCAUAGCAGCUCCACCGGAAGCAUUGGAAGAUGCCGUUGCCUUCGCCAGUGCCGCUCAGUCUGUGGCGGGUCAAUCACAGGUCCUUGAGGAUUUUCCGGCACUUCUGUCAUAUGCUUCUGACAUGAUCUUUGUCCACGCCUCCUUUGCCGAAAAGCAGGGAGCUGAUCCAAUAAAGAUCAUCGAGCGACUUCGCAAUAAAGACACCUGGAAGCGCUGGCUCUCCCUCCAAGAGAACAUCUCCACAGAGACGACCCUACUAUAUUUCGCCGCCGAAUGCAAUCUGAAGUCUUGGGUUCAAUGUCUCUUAGAUUUAGGGGAAGAUUGCAACGUUCAUGGCGGCGAAUACGGAACUCCUCUCCUUGCAGCAGCAAACGGGUGCAACAUAGAAGCCAUGACCCUCCUUUUAGAUCGUGGAGGCGAUAUAAGUUCAUGCGACCGAAAGAGAAGGACGCCACUUCACCACAUAGCUGCAACCUCAGACCCAGGUCUGCUACGUGUCUUCUGGGGUUACGUAGAAUCUAAGGCCGACUCGUCCUCCUUGCCCUCGUUCGCAGCAAGUGUCAUCAAUGCUACCGACAUAUUCGGACAAACACCCCUCCAUCUUGCUGUCUGGCACUCUGAUGAAAAUAUGGUCAAAGAACUGCUAAAUUGCGGCGCGAAGGUCAAUGUCAGGGACAAAUUCUGGGAUACUCCUCUACACUUCGCAUGUGAACGUGGCCAGCCAAGCCUGGAUAUUUGCAGAGUUCUUCUUGAUGCUGGAGUAAAUACUUUUGCUGAAAACCGUCAGCUGAAAAUGCCGCUCCAGAUUGCUUCGGAAAGUGGAUUUGAGGAAGCAGUUGCAUUGGUCACCGCCCACCAACAAACAGACCUCCUCUCAACUCCUAUUUUAGUACCGAAGGGGCUCUUGGACCUCAAGAUCGUGGAAGCAAGAGGCUUGCGAAAAUGUAGGGAGCCCUACUUCGUCGCGGUCUUUCAAAAGAACGAGUUGAUUUCGAAGGUGGGAUAUGAAGAUGGCGCAGGAGAGGACGGGAAGGAAAGCUCAGUCGCUGGCAUCCCCAUUGAAAAAAGCGGAAGUGGUAACAGGAGGUCGCCAUUGGCGAAGACAUUGCGAAGUCGACAGAGUAGUAACAGCAGUGUAGCCAGUCUAGGUGAUUAUCGAAAUGUCAAGUUGGGGGCAGUGAACAAGUUAAUAACUUGCCCUAAAUGGGACAUAGAGGCAGUUUUUGAUGUUGUUGGAUCUGACUCGCUGUUGGAUAUCUCGAUUUACGAUCGUGGUACAACCGACGAACGAUUUAUUGGCCAUGUCAACUUCGAACUAAUACUCCUGGAGGCCGGUGACAAUCCCGUUCGUGGAUGGUACCCAUUAAAAGGAUACAGUAACGACGACAAUGUACAAGGCGAGAUCUAUAUUGAAACGGCCUUUCGAGGAACAAAAACUAAGUACUAUGGGCCCAAUGACUUCCAGAUUUUGAAGUUAAUUGGAAAAGGAGCUUCUGGACAGGUCUACCAGGUACGAAAGAGAGGCACUAAGCGAUUCUAUGCAAUGAAAGUACUUCCAAACAAGGUCAAUGUUCAGGAGAAGGAGGUUGGAGAGCGGCACACCGUCAGAAUAGCGAUGGAAGAUUCACCGUUCAUCGCUGGGCUCAAGUUCUCAUUCCAGACACCAACAGAUCUAUACCUCGUUGUAGACUAUAUGUCUGGAGGAGAACUUUUCUGGCAUUUACAGAAAGAAGGCCGAUUCGACGAGAAUAGAGCGAAGUUCUAUAUUGCAGAACUCAUUUUAGCUCUCCAACAUCUUCAUAUACACGAUAUAUAUCGCGAGUUAAAGCCGGAGACUAUUCUACUAGACGCAAACGGCCAUAUUACCUUGUUAUGUGAAAUUACUGAGUAUACGGCUCCAGAAGUUCUCUUAGACGAAGUUGGAUAUACCAAGAUGGCCGACUUCUGGUCUUUAGGUGUCUUAGUAUUCGAGAUGUGUUGCGGCUGGAGUCCAUUUUACUCGGAAGAUACUCAGCAAAUGUAUAAGAAUAUUGCUUUCGGUAAAGUUCGAUUUCCUCGAGAUAGUUUGACUACCGAAGGUAGAAAUUUCGUUAAAGGUCUCCUAAACCGAAACCCAAAGCAUCGUCUCGGUGUGCAGGAUGAUGCAGAAGAAUUGAAGAGACACCCAUUCUUCUUUGAUAUUGACUGGGAGGCUUUGACCAAGAAACUCAUCACUCCUCCAUUCAAGCCCAAGAUUAAGCCGGAAAUAGAUAUUCACAACUUCGAUCCCGAACUCACCUCGGCAAACUUCAAGGAGUUCAUAUUCGUCGAUGAGAGUGGUCUCAACGAAAAUAUACAAGCUCCGGAAUUAAAAGGUGAUUUGGAUGAUAUGGACGAAGAUGGGAAGCGGGAGCGCGACCGGGAGGAGUUAUUCGAGGUUUCAGAGAAGCGACUAAGUGGCGUAUGA